CAGUAUCGGACGUUUUCGUGGAAAGGCGGCUGGAAGCGCUACUCUUUUUAGAGACUUACAUCGCUUUAAGGCCUUUAAAGUGCGUUACUGAAGUAACGUGUUUGUAGGUCGCUGUUUUCCUGCCAUGGAUUUCGACAAAGACAGGACUCUAAGAUGGCGAUUUUGCUACAGACUGUUGUUGCAAAAUGGGAUUUUUCUCCUGUUUCUGGGUCAUAUUGUCAGUGGUCAAAUCCGGUAUUCAGUCCCCGAGGAGAUGAAGAAGGGUUCUCUUAUCGGAAAUGUUGCUUUGGAUCUUGGAAUAGAUAUACAGAGGCUUCGUUCUGGUCGGGCUCGUAUCGUGACCGGAGAAAACAUGCAGUACUGUGAGCUGAAGACAGACAAAGGGAUUUUAGUGGUUAAUGAGAGAAUAGACCGUGAGCAACUCUGCGGAGAUGAAACACCAUGCAGCUUCAGCUUUGAGUUGAUUUUAGAAAACCCUAUGGAAUUACACCAUGUUAUGGUUGAAGUAUUGGACAUAAAUGAUCAUGCUCCCUCUUUUUCUCAGCACGGAAUGAUAUUGACCAUUGGAGAAUCAGCCGCUCCCGGUGCACGCUUUGUGCUACCCACAGCCGAUGAUCCCGAUGUCGGAGUCAAUGGGCUCCAGGAUUAUCAUUUGUCGACAAAUGAAAAUUUCAUUUUGAAAAAACAUUUAAGUACUGACGGUAAAAAAUAUGCAGAGAUGGUGCUUGAGAAACCGUUGGAUAGAGAGAAACAUCCAAGUCUGGCUCUGAAGCUGAUUGCAGUGGACGGUGGGACACCGCAGAAAUCUGGCACAGUAAAUAUAGAUAUCACUGUUCUAGAUGCAAAUGACAAUGCACCUGUUUUUAACCAAUCAGUUUACAAGGCUACUAUAAUGGAAGAUGCAUCAGUUGAUACGUCUAUUAUAACUGUGAAUGCCACUGAUGCAGAUAGCGGAUCACAUGGUAUGAUUGACUAUUCUAUUUCCAAAAUGCAAGGCAACAUUGAGAAUAUAUUCAAAAUUAACAAAACUACAGGUGUGAUCUAUCUCAUAGGACAGAUUGAUUAUGAAAAAAUCAGGAAAUAUGAAAUUCGUAUAGAAGCAACAGAUCAAGGAGCUUUAGCAGACUCAAGUAAAGUCAUUGUUGAAGUGACUGAUGUGAAUGAUAAUUCACCUAUCAUUAACGUCAUGUCAUUUACUAAUCCUGUGUCAGAAGAUUCUCCCCCUGGUACGACAGUUGGUAUCAUAAAUGUUAAAGACCUGGAUUCAGGUGAAAAUGGACAGGUAUCUUGUACAAUCCAACAAAACUCACCUUUUAAAAUUAAAUCAACUCUAAGAAAUUACUACACUAUAGUUACAGAAUCUGUUUUAGAUCGUGAAGGGGUGUCAGAGUAUAACAUUACUGUCAUUGCAAAAGAUGCAGGAAUACCGACACUAUCAACAAAAGAAACAUUUACUUUGAAAAUUUCUGACAUAAAUGACAACGCUCCUGUGUUUUCACAAGGCCAAUACACAGCGUUUAUCACAGAGAAUAACUCUCCUGGUGUUUCUAUUCUUGCUGUAAGAGCGCGAGAUUCUGAUGAAAACCAGAACGCUCGUGUAUCUUAUAUCCUUGACGUUAGUUACAUAGGUGGGUCCCCGAUAUCUGAAUAUGUUUCUGUUAAUGCAGAAAGCGGAGUGAUACAUGCUGUGCGUUCACUUGAUUAUGAGCAGAUCAAACAGCUAAUUUUCGUAGUCAGAGCUCAGGAUGGAGGCUCCCCUCCACUCAGUAGUAAUGUGACUGUGAAAAUAAUGAUCCAGGACCAGAACGACAACGCCCCUCAGGUUCUGUACCCAGUCCAGACUGGUGGCUCUCUGGUGGCUGAAAUGGUGCCCCGUUCAGCAGAUGUGGGCUAUAUGGUCACUAAAGUGGUGGCUGUUGAUGUGGACUCUGGACAGAAUGCCUGGCUCUCCUAUAAACUGCAGAAAGCCACAGACAGGGCGCUGUUUGAGGUGGGCUUACAGAAUGGAGAAGUAAGAACUAUCCGCCAAGUCACUGAUAAAGAUGCAGUCAAACAAAGACUGACGGUUAUAGUGGAGGACAACGGACAGCCCUCUCGUUCAGCUACAGUCAUUGUUAACGUGGCGGUGGCGGACAGCUUUCCUGAAGUGCUGUCUGAGUUCACUGACUUUACACACGACAAGGAGUACAAUGAGAACCUGACUUUUUAUUUAGUGUUGGCUUUGGCUGUAGUUUCCUUCCUCUUCAUCACGUGUGUGGUGGUCAUUAUAUCAGUGAAAAUCUACAGAUGGAGACAGUCUCGCAUCCUGUAUCACUCCAAUCUGCCAGUGAUUCCAUAUUAUCCACCACGAUACUCCGACACUUUGGGGACAGGGACUCUCCCACACGUGUACAACUACGAGGUGUGCAGGACGACUGACUCCAGAAAGAGUGACUGUAAGUUUGGCAGAGCUGGUAGUCAGAACGUGCUGAUAAUGGACCCCAGUUCAACAGGGACAAUGCAAAGGAUACAGAGUGAAAAGAGCAUCCUGGAUGAACCAGACUCUCCUUUAGAGGUGAGUUGAUAACUUUAUGUAUAG